CCCAAAAGUCCCUGCACAUACACACACAUGCAGAAAAGACAACAAGAUUCAUACAAACACACACACACUACGUCCCAACUGUGUUUUACAAGAGGGUUGAGUUUUGGAGGAUUGGGACAUAAUCCUGGUUUUUCUCAUCAGUACUGCAAUAAUUGACAUUUCUGGGCUCCGCCACUGUAAUCAGAACUCUGAGAUUUCGAUUGUUUGCGACCAAGGCUAUGUAAAAAUCCACAUGCAUGGGUCUGAUUGAUUCUAACCCUUUGAUAGUUGAGGAUGAAUUCUUGACAGACUGAUCCAGACAACACCAUAUUGUGAGAGACUUAACUUGAAUCUUUCUUUAGUUGCAAUGGAUAAUCUGUACCUCAAGAAAACGUGAAGUUUGUGUAGGAGAGAGAGUUCUCUCAGUUUAGCCCAUAAUUUUGGCCUCAGCUGGUGAAGAACAUGUUCUAUUUCCUGAUAGUGGAUAAGUUACCAGUGGCCAAUGAAACCUCAAGAAUCAAGAUUGCCUUUUCGGCAUACCAUCAGUGACCUGGAAUAGUUAUGUGGUGUAGAUAGCUAUCUCUCAUCGCUCGACACAGGAUGGUUGCCUUUGGGAAAAAACUGAAACAAUUACAGGUUCAAGAGUGGCAAGGCUACUAUAUUAACUACAAGUUGAUGAAGAAAAAAGUGAAGCAAUAUGUCCAGCAAAUCGAGGCUUCUGCAGAAAAUCGUGAGUACAUCCUCAAGGAUUUCUCAAGGGUUCUGGAUAAGCAGAUUGAGAAAACUGUCCUGUUCUUAUUAGAACAAGAAGGGCAGCUGGCAAGCAGGUUAUCCAGUCUUGGUGAACAGCAUGAUGCCCUUAUUCAGCAAGCAGAUACCAUGAGGAUACCUGAAAUGCAGGAAGCCUAUAGAGAUGUGGGGAGGGAUCUCUUAAAACUCCUGUACUUUGUGGAACUUAAUGCAAUUGGACUACGUAAAAUAUUGAAGAAGUUUGAUAAGAGAUUUGGUUAUAAGUUCACUAACUACUACGUCAAGACUCGAGCAAAUCAUCCUUACUCUCAGCUAAGACAGGUGUUAAAGCAUGUGGGAAUUUCAGCAGUUGUUGGAACUUUAUCUCGGAACCUUGCAGAUCUCCAGGAUCAUCAGGAGAGCUUUAUCUCAAUUUAUGAUCAUCCAGCCCUGGCCCUCCCGGACCCUAUCAUUGAGUCUAUCAACGCUGCAGUUGACAGACUAACAAAUUCUACGGAUUUCCUCCAGUAUUUGGGUAAACAUGCACUUAUUCCGGAGGAGGAAUUGCCAAGUCCAUCCGACGACAAUGUUGAUGAGAGAUAUCAUUUCAUGUCUCUUCUUCUAAACCUCGCGAAUACAUUUCUAUACAUGGUGAAUACUUAUAUAAUAGUCCCAACAGCAGAUAGCUACUCGUUGAGUCUUGGAGCUGCAGCAACUGUUUGUGGCGCUGUUAUUGGAUCAAUGGCUGUUGCUCAGGUUUUCUCUUCAGUUUAUUUUAGUGCAUGGUCAAAUAAAUCAUACAUGAAACCUCUCGUAUUCAGCAGCGUUGUUCUUCUGGUUGGGAACACCUUAUAUGCUCUUGCUUACGAUCUCAACUCAAUAUACAUACUCCUGAUUGGUCGUCUAUUUUGUGGAUUGGGAUCUGCGCGGGCCAUUAACCGACGCUACAUCACUGAUUGUGUGCCUUUAAAUAUGCGUAUGAAGGCUUCUGCUGGUUUUGUUAGUGCAAGUGCACUUGGAAUGGCAUGUGGUCCUGCUCUUGCCUCUUUACUUCAAACUAAGUUUAAGAUCUUCAAAGUUACAUUCAAUGAAGAUACUUUACCAGGAUGGGUUAUGGCUUUCGCAUGGCUUGUCUAUCUAUUCUGGUUGUGGAUGUCUUUUGAAGAGCCCUCUCAGGAUGAGAAAGUGAAUUCUGUGCAACAGGAGACUAACAGUGGACUCGGAACAGGAGGUUUACAGAAUGGUGUCUCCCAACCACUGCUUUCAAGCUCAGUAGAGAAGCAACAAGAUGAAGAUGAAGAUGAAGAUGAAGACAUUAGUGAAGAAGCUUCAGAGGAAAGCUGCAAACCUGUCACAUCAAUUAUGUCUGCAUAUAAGUUGCUUACACCAUCUGUAAAGGUACAGUUAUUUAUAUACUUUAUGCUCAAGUAUGCUAUGGAGGUUUUGCUGGCUGAAUCAAGCGUCAUUACUGCAUACUACUUCAUAUGGUCAUCCAGCAAUGUUGCAAUUUUUCUGGCAUGCCUUGGACUUACCGUCCUUCCAGUAAAUGUUAUCGUUGGAAGCUACCUCACCAACAUGUUUGAGGAAAGGCAAGUUUUACUGGCAUCAGAAGUCAUGGUAUUCGUGGGCAUAGUUCUCAGCUUCCACCUUAUAAUCCCUUAUUCUGUGCCUCAGUACGUCUGUUCGGCUUUACUUACAUUUGUUGCUGCUGAAGUUCUAGAAGGUGUCAACCUGUCUCUCCUGUCUCGAGUGAUGUCAUCACGGCUUUCAAGAGGGACAUACAACGGCGGGUUGCUGUCGACAGAAGCUGGGACUUUGGCUCGAGUAGUGGCAGACGGCACGAUAACGUUGGCUGGUUACUGGGGUAUGAGCAAGCUCUUGAAUGCGACUCUGCUGCCUUCCCUGUUGAUCUGUAUCUGCUCCAUCAUUGCCACUUGUUUCACAUACAAUUCUCUCUAUUAAUCACCCUUCACUAGUUGUGUGAUGCAUAUGAACUCUUCACUUUCAAAUGUAAACUCCUUAUGUACAUAUCUGGAAAUCAUCUUUCUUCAGCAACCUGAUGAUCUUUUCUUCAA